AUGGCUAGAGGAUUGAAGAAACAUAUGAAGAGGCUCAAUGCGCCUAAGCAUUGGAUGCUUGAUAAGCUUGGAGGAGCAUUUGUAAGUGCCUUGUUACUCCCAUUCUGUUGUUUAGAGUUUGUGACUCUUGGCUCUGCUGAUCUCAUUGCUCUUUGGCUUAAGUAUGCCCUCACUUACCGCGAGGUCAUAGCCAUUUUGAUGCAACGGCAUAUUAUGGUUGAUGGGAAAGUCAGGACUGACAAGACAUACCCUGCUGCUUCAUGGUAUAAGCUCUGCAAGGUUCGAUCUGUGCAGUUUGGGCAGAAAGGAAUUCCUUACCUUAACACCUAUGAUGGGAGAACCAUCCGCUACCCAGAUCCUCUGAUAAAGGCGAAUGAUACCAUCAAGUUGGAUUUGGAGACCAACAAGAUCGUGGAUUUCAUUAAGUUUGAUGUGGGGAAUGUUGUCAUGGACGCCACUGGGCACGAGUUUGCUACUCGAAUGGGUAACGUGUUCACCAUUGGCAAGGGCCCAAAGCCUUGGGUCUCUCUGCCCAAGGGAAAGGGUAUCAAGUUAUCCAUUAUUGAAGAAGCACGGAAGAGAAUUGAAGCACAAGCAGCUACUGCUUAA